GUCCUGUCGCUCACCAUGUGUUACCAUGCAUCUGUGAAAAAUUUUCCCUUCACGUCCAUCGGGUCAGGUAUAGGAUCUACGCACUACUCUUCGCGUCCAAUCCUUUCUCGAUGUUCUUUUUGUGAAGACACGCAAUCCCACCGUCCGUAUACGGUCUUGUCGGUCUCUAUAAGGAGGCCCGAUCUCACGGCCAUGGAUCCUUUCUCUAAUUCUUCUUCCUUCAUCAUAUCUCCCAUUUCUAGCUAGAAUCGUGGUUGAACUGAAUUCGUCUGUUUUUGCUUUGACUACCUGAGACCCGGCUCUUGGAUCCUUCCCCUUAUUUCCACCUCCAAUCUUCAAUUAAUACUCCAUUGUCGUAUGUCACAAAUAAGUAUGGCAUCAAGCACUCAAGCCACCGCAGGCGAGGCGUUUAGGAAAGACUCCGCCUACAAUGGCACUGCAGGUCAUGAAGGGUCUCGGCCUAGCUCGAUAGCGAGUUUGGCUAACAUUAAUCCCCUUGAAUGGCACCCCCAGUACAUGGCCUGUCUCGAAUACUUUGUCAACCACAGCCAACACACGCCUCUGGUGCAGUCCAUAGUAGCUUUCAUUAAUAUCCGACUUCCAUGCCAACGACGACAGCCCGUCCUUCAACUGCCUCAUCUUUCGCAGGAAGCCAGGUUGGCGAUGCAAGGCGGCCCGUCCAACUCAUAUCCGUUCGUCUCACUGCGUCCGUACAUCCGCCGCUUGAUCGUCACAGGCCGCGACUCUGCAUCGAUGAUGCAGGUCUUCUUUGGCGAGAACUGGGUCGGUGGAAUCGGCCCGAUUCGCCAACAGGAACGCGUCAAUUACCUAUUUACGGCGAAAAGCAGCGGAUGGGCAUCGACGAAAGCAGCCUACGACAUCCUGCCAGACGAGCAGACACCGUUUCUGCGGCCUCUUGAGCAGCCGUUGGAGGAGGAGAUCCGGCUGGCGGAAGCGAAGUGGAGUGAGUGGCUGGCAAUGGAGGACUGGAUGGUUGGGCCUAGGAGUCCGUGGUAGAGUUAGAAUUCUACUGCAGCUACCGUACGAUGUGAUUGUUGAUGAUACCCGAAUGUUUCUUUUCUUUUCUUCUUUUUUCUUUUUUUAUUUUUUUAUUUUUUUUAAUACCUUCUCUGGUGCUUUUCGGUGGAGUUUGGAUGACGGGGACGCUUUUUCAAUCAAUGUCAGACUUAACCGUGAGUCAUGAAUAACGCUAAGAUGCAACGUUAGCACGAGCUUUCAUCAAACGCAUGGACGAUAAAUCCCACCAGAAAUUUCCACGGAGUACGGAGUAUGGAUGUCUCGAAUUGACUUUUCUCCAAAAAUAUAUAAACAACAGGAACAUAAAAACAUGGCCCCGCUCAUCUACAUCCACCCCAACCCCGAACAAACCAUCAUCCCUCUUCUUCGCGCGCAUUUCCCUUACUCGGUCUCCUUGCUCCGGCGCAUCCAGCAUGCUCUGGCAUAUUCAUCCAGCACUGCCAGAGUCCUGGCGACUUUCCCACCGAAUGCAACUGGAGCUGUAACUGAUCUCCGAUCACCCUGGCUGGCCGCUUAUGUCGAUCUC